GCUGUGGCCGCCACGCGUCGCGGACGCGGUCCCCCAGCGCAGCGGCCACGUGGGCGCAGGUGGGCUCGGCAGCGCAACCAUGAGCGUCGGCUUCAUCGGCGCGGGGCAGCUCGCCUUCGCCCUGGCGCGGGGCUUCACCGCCGCAGGGGUCCUGGCCGCGCACAAGAUCACGGCGAGCUCCCCGGACACGGACCUGCCCACGAUCUCCGGCCUCAGGAAAAUGGGGGUGAACUUCACGCCGAGUAACAAGGAGACGGUUAGGAGCAGCGACGUUCUCUUCCUGGCAGUGAAACCCCCCAUCAUCCCCUUCAUCCUGGACGAGAUCGGCCCGGACAUAGAGCACCGCCACAUCGUGGUCUCCUGCGCGGCCGGAGUCACGAUCAGCUCCAUCGAGAAGAAACUCUCUACCUUCUGUCCCACCCCAAAAGUGAUCAGGUGCAUGACCAAUACCCCUGUGAUCGUGCGGGAGGGCGCCACAGUCUAUGCCACUGGGACCCAUGCUGAGGUGGAGGACGGGAAGCUCUUGGAACAGUUGAUGGCCAGCGUGGGCUUCUGCACGGAGGUGGAAGAGGACCUGAUCGAUGCUGUCACGGGGCUCAGCGGCAGUGGCCCUGCUUACGCAUUCACAGCUCUGGACGCUCUGGCAGAUGGAGGCGUGAAGAUGGGACUUCCCCGCCGGCUGGCUGUCCGGCUCGGAGCCCAGGCCCUGCUGGGCGCAGCCAAAAUGCUGCUGGAGUCGGAGCAGCACCCUGGGCAGCUGAAGGACAACGUGUGCUCGCCGGGGGGGGCCACCAUCCAUGCUCUGCACUUCCUGGAAAGCGGGGGCUUCCGCUCGCUCCUCAUCAACGCUGUGGAGGCCUCCUGCAUCCGGACACGGGAGCUGCAGUACCUGGCAGAUCAGGAGAAGAUCUCCCCAGCAGCCAUCAAGAAGACCCUGCUGGAUAAGGUGAAGCUGGAGUCUCCGUCCGUCUCCACGGCCUCUGCCAGCAAAGUCAGCCUGUUCAGCAACAGGCACCCCGGCAGCAAGAAGAACUGAGGGGCCCCGGCUGCUGCUGCCCCUCCUGCAGGCGCUCCCUUCUCUCUUUCAGGAAAAGCUCUAGCUCUAAGCGCUUGUGGCUCCUCAGCUGGGAGCGGGGCUGAGGGCAUCGGCAGUGGCACUUCCUCUCCUACGGUCAGGGACCAGACCUUGCCCAGCCUUGUGUCCUCUGGGCAGCAGCACCCCCCCCAGCCCUGCUGCUGGAGCCCCUGGGCUGCGUGGCUGGGCGGUUGCAGAGUGGCCUCUGGUCCCCCUUCCCUGGCCCAGCUCUGCACCUGUGUCUUCUGCCUUUUCUCUGGGCACUGGCUCUUGUCUAGGUCCCUGCAGCUUCGUGGGUGGAGGAAGCGCUGUGAGGGCGUGAGGAGGAACACGAGCUGUGGGGACAGGCGCCAGGCCUCUGCUCACUUUGCUUCAUGGUUUUAUAAGGCCCAAAGGAAGCAAGGGACCAUGGAAAACAGGGGGUGGAAGGGGCCUCAGGUGCCCCUAGCCCAGGCUGCUCCCUCCACCCCGCUGCCAGCGGCUCCUGGUUGCUUGUGCCGGGGGCAUGGAGCCGGGCAGGCACCGCCGGUCACUGCUGCGUGCCGGCUGCUGGAGCGGGUGCGGGGCCACGCCAGCCCCACGGGCUGCAGCAGCUGAGCAGCUUGCAUGCCGUGGCGGGCUGCGUGGCCAGGUCUGGGGGGGCGAGGGCCAAGAGCUGCCCCCCACCCGCUGCCUGGGGAAGGAGGAGCAGGGCUGGGGCCACCCCCUUGGCCUGUGGCAGGGUAGGCUUUCCCGCCACGUCGCACCGUCCGGCCGCGCUCGUGGGCGCCAUCAUGAGCGUUGUCGGGGGGGGGGCCUGCUCCGCGCACCCCCGCGGUUCGGGCGGGUCCUGGCACGGCCCCGAGGGGCGCCACGAGCUGCUGCCCCUUCGCCGCUCGGGGAGGAAGGGGCCGGGGCGGGGCGGGCGCGCGGGCUGCUGUCCUUCGUGCAAUAAACAACCUCUUGCUUCUCGG